AUGGCCAAGAUGGGUCGGUGGCUGUUGCCAUGUCUUGCCUUUGCGACUUUGUUUCUCGUGGUUCGGCAGUUAUUGCCAGUACCGUCAAGUGCGACACCAGGAAGUGCGCGAGUUCCAGAAGAGACGUUUGUGGCCGUUUCGCCUCCUCGGUUUCGGCACGCCCGCCUCCGGGCUGCUGUGCCGCCAACGUCACGCAGCGCCCUGCCAGAGGUUUCUCUCGUUCUUGCUGAUUUGCAGCCAACUCCAACCGUCGUGUCUUCUGCUUUUAAUGUCAUCACGUUCCUGCCGCAGUACUUGUGGCUGUUAAUGGUGCUAGCACCGAACUGGUCCGUCACCAGGAAAGUCAUGGAGCCCUUGUGGCCUGUUCUGCUUUUCGCCGCAGUGCAUAUCUUCAUCGUGAUAAACGUGGCUUCGGUUAACAGUGACAACUUGUCCGACUUCACCGAGCUGGCAAAGGUUUUCGAUCCAAGAGUCAGUAUUUCAUCGGCCGUGGCAACGAUGCACGCAGACGUGCAGGAACGUAACUUGGCUGCCGUCUGGGGGGAGUGA